AUGGAUAGUCGUCAAAGGCCCUACCCAACACAGAAGAUUGAGAUCACCCCAGAGCCAGCACCAAAUUGCAAGCAGGUGGAAGGGAGAUUGAGCCUCCCUUUUGAACAAAUACACCUGAGAGCCAAACGGAAGGGCGAAACUGACUUCAUGAUGAGUCAGCGUGAUAUGGUGAAGCUGGCCAAUCGAGUCUGGCGUGCCCAGUCCCUGUCUCAUCGUCCCUAA